CGUUUUGGUCGCGUCGCAUACAGUUCUAUCACGUUCCGUGUGUCUGCUGCAGUGCAUCCAUCGUCCAAGUCCAAGACUUACACUUACAGGCGUGUGCGCGCGUGUGUGUGUGUCUCGCUGUUUGUUUCACUGUAGGUGUGUGCGUGUGUGAGCUAUUCAAAUUCUCGCAUUCGAUUGGACUAGCAAUUAACAUUGCCUAACGGAAAUCGUGAACAAUUCGCCACGCAUUUGAGCCGCUUCCGCUAGCGUCGCUCGUCUCCUAACUGAAGGUUCCCUUAUCAUAGCUACCGUUGCCGUUGUAUUUGCCAUCGCCAUGAAGCGUUCGCGUUUGCCGCUCACCGCCAGCGUUUGCCUGAUCCUGGUGUUGAUGUCAUCCUGUCUGCUUGGCAGCGCCGAUGCCAAGAAGAAGAAGUAUGUUGGCGAAACUGGCGGCGAUUUUGAGUUUAUCGAUGAGAUAAACAAAAACUCGCAGAACAACAAAAACCUGGGAGAUCGCAAGCGCUGGAUACAUGAUCCAUCAAGUGACCUUUGCCGGCCGCUCAACUGUAAGAAACGCGAAAUUUGCCUGCUGGAGGACGAGUUCAGUGCUGUCUGCGUGUCGAAGAAGGAGCUGCACAAGAAUCGCGAUGAGAUAAUCACUAAGGCCAAAUAUUUGGAGGAUGAGGCCAAGCGGCGUGUCAAUCAGCAGGAUAACGAUAGCCAGGAUGUUGAGGACAUCAACAACGAUGAUGAGGACAACAGUAGCGACGGCGACAACAACAGCAACAGCAACAGCAACAACAACAACAACAACGGCAAUAAGAACAACAACAUCGUAGCAAACAACCAGGGCAAUGAGGACAACAACGACGACGAAGAUAAAAGCCUGAGCCUAGGCGACGAUGAUGAGUCCAAGGAGGACGACGUCUUCUACGAGAACAACAUUGCCGCCAGCGAUAAGCAGCAGCUGCUCCCGAAACCAGCAGCCGUCCAGCAGGACGACGACGAGGAGUUGGACAAUUGCAAGCCGUGUCCCGUGGCCAAGCCAAUGUUCCUUUGCGGCGCCGACAACAGGACCUACUCAUCACUAUGCAGAUUGGAUUAUCACAAUUGCAUACACUCGACAGCCAUACGGAUCGGCUGCAAGGGAUUCUGCCCCUGCAAGGAAAACACCGAUGGCAAGAGACUGCAGCGGCUUGGCGAACGUGGUGGCUACAAUAAAUACAGCAAAAAGAUCAGCCUGGACCAGCAGCAGCAGCAGCAACAGCAGCAGCAGCAGCAACAACAGCAGCAACAGCAGGCCUACAAGGAUAGCAAUAACAACAACAUCAUGAUGAGCAGCGGGAAUGUUAUGGGCAGCAACAAUAACGACUUCAAUACCAUCAUGAAUGAUAAGGAGGACAACAAUCGCCACUUCAAUCACAUCAAUGCGCAGUACACGUUCACGCCCGAAGAGAUCAAGUAUGACAACAAGCACUACAAGUACCUCAAGUACACGGCUUACAAGAAGGAUGCCAAAUACCAGGAGGAUAAGCACAAGAUGCGUGUCUACAAUGAGAACGAAGUCAUUGAAAAGCAGCCACAAAAGUUCAACAAAAACAAUCCAAAUGGCUAUCCCCUGAAGUCGGCCGAGUGCAAGCCACAGCAGCUGACUGCCAUUGGCAAUCGUCUGCUGGACUGGUUCUCGGUGAUCAUGGCCGACAGCAAGAAGCGUCGCCAGCACAGCCAAAAGUCGAAGGCGCAUUUCCCACCUGCCUGCAAGACCGAGGCCAAGUGGAUGUUUGGGCAUCUGGAUCUGAACAAUGAUGGAUUGCUGUCGCUGCAGGAGCUGUACGACCUGGAGCACGAUCAGAACGAGCGCUGCAUCAAGCCAUUCAUUGACACCUGCGACCUGGACCAGGAUAGCUCGAUCAAUACGCGCGAAUGGUGCCGCUGCUUCGAGAAGACCGAUCGCCCUUGUGCCGCGGUGCGACGAAGAAUCGCCGGCGACUUUGCAGGUGAGAUAGGCGCCUACGCACCUGACUGCGACGUUCAAGGAUUCUACAAGCCCACUCAGUGCCACAACUCGGUCGGCGUCUGUUGGUGUGUGGACAAGCACGGCGUCGAAUUCGCCAACACCCGUACACGUGGCAAGCCCAACUGCGAGUCCGUGGUAAAUAACGCCGCCUCGCUAACAUCCGACGACGAGGACGAGGGCGCCGACGACGAGGACAGCGUGGAGGGCAGCGCCGAUCAAAUGCUGGUCUUCUAAGCGCCGCGGCCACGCAACGUAUUGGCUUAUAUGUAGUAUUGAUGUCCAUGGGCAAUAACUGCCCCGAGUCGUCGAAUCCAAUCAGCGAGCAUUACUGCGUAAGCUUGAAAAAAA